AUGUAUCCGCAGUCUAUUGGCACCGAGUCUUUCCGUCUCGUCUCUGUUAUCAUUGACUCCAAUCAGCGACUCUCUCUUACCCUCAACGAACACAAGAUUUCCAGUCCUACCAGUCCGGAAUACUACGCACUCUCUUAUACAUGGAACCCCCCCAAUAUGGAUGAUCCUGUAUUCUACGCAGACACUGACGUACGCCAUAUUCUCCUUAACGGGUCCAGAUUCGCUGUCAAACCGAAUCUUUACGAUGCUCUCUUCCAGCUCCACCAUUCUUAUCCUCAGAUGCUCUUCUGGAUUGACGCCCUCUGCAUUAACCAAAACAAUCCACAGGAGGGCAAACUUCAAGUGGGCAUCAUGGAUCGAAUCUUCGGAGGUGCCAACCAUGUGGUUAUCUGGCUGGGAAAACCCUUUGCUAAGCUUGAGCUAGGGCUCCAAGUUGCAGAACGCAUAGCUUGUGUCGCGUCCACAGCUUGCAAAGCCAUCGUUCGUGGGCAGAAAUAUCCCCACACCCAUCACCUGGAAGAAAUGAAAGAGGCCUAUGGACUUGACCCGUUGAGCUUUGACGAAGCCGAUGCAUUAGUUACGCUCUUUAGCUGCCGCUGGUUUGGGAGACAGUGGGUGAUUCAGGAAGUGGCUCUAGCGGGACAGAUCGAUAUCAUUUGUAAUGAAAUGAGUGUCCCGUUUGACAAAAUCGGGUCGACCGCGUUAUUCUUGCACCUAACUGGCUUGCUCGUGGGAAUUGGCAACCUACUGGGCUCGGGAGGGAAAGACGUGCGUGUGUUGGAAGAUAUGCAUCUCAUGCAGACUGGGAGGACUCAAGUAGUCCGUGAAUGGUGUAAAGGCGACCACAGUGAGUGGAGGGAUGUUUUACCUUUAGUCGACUUUACAGCUGGAAUUGUCGAGAAUACCAUGGCUGUCGGUCAAACAAAGGAGAGCAUAGUCGGCGUUGUUCUUCUCAAGCUGCUCAUGUGGCUGGUCGGUUUUGGUUGCGGAGAUCGUCGCGAUACAAUAUACGGACUGGCAGGUAUAAUCAGUCGCGUUGUCAGCAUUCACGGUCUUCACAGCAUUCCCCAGAGACUCCAGCCGAAUUAUCGUCUCGAUACAGCCACUGUGCUUUAUAAUGCGGCGACGGAGAUCCUGCAGGCGACUGGGAGUUUGGCUCUUCUGGGUGUUGUCAAGGACCCAGCUCUACGUGAGACCACAGGUCUACCGUCCUGGGUCCCAGAUUACCCCCCGAGAAUGGCGUUGAACCCAAUGGCUGGACCAAACUUUAAGUCUUUGGGUAAGUUCGAUGCGUCGAAAUCUAUAGAUUCAGCCAGGUAUGGUGUCGACUUCCAUAUAGACGACAAGGUUCUACAUACUCGCGGCUUCCUCUUGGGUCGCGUUAAAGCUAUGGGCGAGUCUUUGAAACCCAUGGUUUCCGCUGGUAACUUCGCUCAGUGCGCUUCGAUGUUAGUCGACGCAGAGCAGACAUACCCCUUCACGAACCAGCCCUUCGCGGAGGCAUUCUGGCGAACAUUGGUGUUUGAUCAGGACUUAUCCGACCGCCCAGCCAAGCUUCCCACGACCAAACAUUUCCAAGAUAUGGUACUCAUGAUCAUGGCUAAAAGAAUCAGCGAUGAGUUCCAAUCCGGAGGAACCGAUGCUGUCAAGGCCUUUCUGCAGACUUUGGAGGCUAUGGAUACCCUAGAAGCCAAGCAUCCGAAACAAAGUCCCUUCCCUACGAGGAAGUACUUAGCCUCAUUCUGCAGUGGGUUUGGUUUCCUGCCCGAAACCGUAGACGAUAAACUAUGGGCAUACGAACAGCGAAUGGCUUGGCUAGAAUCAAAGAAGAAGAACUUGGUGUUUAUGACUUCCUUGCUCAGUACUACUCUAUUCAACCGGCGGCCAGCGUUAAUGGAAGGAGGUUAUUUUGCCUGUGUUUUCGAGUCUACGAUGGUGGAUGAUGAAAUCUGGGUUGUUUCCGGAUGUCCCACGCCGCUGGUUAUGCGAAGUAAGGGUCCACAGUACUGUUUGAUCGGCGAGACUUAUGUUCAUGGUGUUAUGCAUGGGGAGGCUAUUCAUGUUGAUAGCGAUUGGGUCCAACUGGAGAUUAUAUAA